UGACCUGCCGCAUGCAUUGCAUCUCGACCACAAUCUAUGACUAAAGUAUUUGUAUGUUAUAUGUACAAUGCAUGUCGAAUUGUUAAAUAAGGAAGAAUAAAAGGUAGCGAGACCUGAGGCUUAUGUCAAAACCAUCGACAUAUGGAAAGUACUAAACAACGGAGGAUCGAAUAGUCAUAAGUAAUUGAAUUGUGGUGGAAUAAAAAUUUGGAGGGUUAUAUUGUCAAAAUAUGAGUCACAUAGUAGUGAUUCGUAGUUACAAACCAAGCGACGAACUAAAAUGCCGUGAAAUAGCAAAGGACGGUAUAAUGUCGUCCCUUAACACGGCAUUCCUUGGGAACGUAUUUAGAGAGGUUACGUUCGAAAUGAUGAUCCUCUGCGCCGCCCUAAUGUUCAUUUUCUUUGGUGUUCCAUUUACAAUCUGCAUUAUGGUUGUACCAAUCGUGAUCAUUUUAAUCUACAUCCUCACCUACGCGUCCCUCGUGACUAAGUCAAUGGAAGUUGAUCAAGAAAUAUCAAAUAUCCCAAGGAUCUACACAUCCCACGCAUUUUGUGGCUUCUGGGUAGCAGAGGCAUUCGAGCCGUACCUAAUGACGAGGAAUCCGAAAGAUGUGCGAUAUUCGAUAAUGACCGAGAAGCAGUUCCGUGAAUCGAACGUCGAUGUUUCAUCUCAGACAAAGAAGACGGUAGGCAUGAUUGCCUUGACAAAAAGCCGGAGAGUCGACAAGGGAGCAUGGAUCAAGAGGCUAGCGGUCGAUCGGCACUACCAGAGAAAAGGAAUUGGCGCAUGUCUUUUGAAUGUCGCGAUUCAGUUUGCGAUCGAUCAGAGAUACGGCUCAGUGGAAACUGUAGCUUCUGAAUACACGGAAGGCGGAAGAGAAUUGUGCUUUAACAGAGGGUUCGAACUCAGGCAAAUGUAUCAUAAGCAAAUCGUUGGAUCCUUGGUCACUGUUCUCAUGUAUGAGUUAACUUACCAGAUAAAGCCAUUGGAGAGAGAGAUUGUCAUUCCUCCCAAAUCGCACGCAAGAUCCUUUAUGUGUAGUUAGCCAAAUCAUUAUGGAAAACGGAGUGUGACGUAUGGAAGCCUGAUACUGAUACCUUCAAAUAUGUUAAGCAUUUAUCAAAUGGCACAAGUUGGUGAGCACUAGGUUGACAUACCGAUUUCAAAUAUUCUGCAAACUGUUGCACUGUUCAAAUGUUAUUUUUGCAACUGGACUCACCAAUCGAGUCUUAAUUCCUGUGAUGAACAUUUACAUUCCCUUAACGUACCACCAUCAUUCACCUUUGUGUCCAGCCUCUGAUUAUAGUAUUAUUUUAAUAAUUACAUAGUGUUAGCCGACUAUGUAACUACGAGCAGAGAACAGUUCAGGCGGCUAUGCCAAAAACAUAAUCUGCUUAGGUUUACAUAGGAGCCAUUGCAAAUGUGUAAGGUUCUUACAAUUUAUAGACUUGUCUCCCAAGAGACUAAGAACAGGAAAAAAAGUAUUCAUUGUCACUUGAGCCGUUUUUGAAACAAACAAUUUAUAACGUGGGUAUUAUAUUUUCGUCCCUAAUGAAUCUCUUACAAUCGUGUAGUUGUACGAGGGCAUAUAUAUUGAGCUAUUAGUUACAGCUAGUUUGUGAUCACAGUAUUCUCAUGGUUUUCAACCGCUUUGAUCUUGUGAGGAAACCGUGUCAGUUAUUGGCGACUAAGGCGCAUAGUUACAUUUUUACAUUUUCAUACGUAAUAACAAUGUACAUUCUUUGAUGUAAAAAUACAUAGUUUAAGGCCGACAAUAAUGAUUCCGCGUUACCAGUCUUGUAUACAGAGCCUUUAUGUGUCGAUAACCAACGUGCCCAUACUUGAAGCAAUAUAUUUUUCUACUUUUUCAUCGC